CAAGAAAUACCGCUACUGAACCUCGUAGUUCAGGACUGCGAGCCUAACAUCGAGCUCGCCGACAUCGAGCUCGCCGAAACCAAAUUAUGGCCGGCAGAAGGAAAAGCAGCACUUGAGCAAGAACGCGCCAAGUACUUCGCAUAUGAUUUCUUCACGCCAAGCCCCGUAAAGGGAGCAACCGUCUACUGGCUGCGAUAUAUCUUG